UGUUUGUCUUGAUUGUUAUCAAUGCCUUGCCGUGCCGCCGGUAUUAUCGAUAGCGAUAGGUUGGAUCCAAAACCCAAGCCAAACCAACGAAUAUUAAUACAAUGGGGGAACCCAAGAUCCAAUCGCCCGUGGAACACGCCCCUAACGACGAGACCGUACUGCCCCUCAGCAGGGUGCGGACCAUCAUGAAGAGCUCCAUGGACAAAGGGCUGAUUACCAACGAAGUGCUCUUUCUUAUGACCAAGUGCACCGAGCUUUUCGUCCGGUAUUUGGCGGGAAAGUUAUAUGUAGAGGCAUCCCGGCAAAAAUCCAGCGAAACGCUGGAGUAUGAGCACCUAUCGCAGCUGGUCAACAAAAGCAAGAACCUCGAGUUUUUGGUGAAGAUCGUGCCGGAGAAGAUCCGGGUGCACAAGUUCCAGGAGAUGCUGCUAUUGAAUCGCUUCGCCGGCAGUGACGACGAUUCCGAAUCCGGCUCAGAGUCGGAUGAGUGACUGGACAUGUACAACCCAUCGACUCCGACUAAUUUCAACGCCCCGUAUCUCUUAGUUAAGGCCAGCCCACUAGAUAAGUAAACGAUUGCGUAUACCUCCUGAUAAAUAAAGCAUACGGUGUCCUUCAAAUGA